AUGGAGGAGGAAUGUCAACUAUUCAACACGGAGGCAGAGGUCGAUAAGCUGGAACUGAUGUUCCAGAAAGCUGACUCUGAUCCGGAUUACAUUCAGUACAGGUUGAAAUAGGAAAUCAAGACUAAUUAUCCUGAUUCAGCAGGCAAGAAAAAUCCAGUUACACUCUUAAAGGAAUUGUCAGCAAUAAAGUCUCGAUAUCAAACUCUGCAUGCAUGCUUUAAACCACUCGCUGUGGAGCACAAAGAGACUAAGAGCCGCAUUGGUGCUACUUUCAAUAAGACUAUGACCUUGAUACAAGAACUACAAAAGCAAACAGACCUGAAGCUCUUACCACUGACUGAAGAAGAGAAAACUGCGGCCGAGCAAUUAAGAGCUCACAUAUCAGACUUAUGAUGAAGAAAUGGACUUGCAAAAGGGAACCCUAAUGGGGAAGAGAUCAAUUCCAGAGAGAUUU